AUGCCCCACGCCCACUCUGACGUGAUGGGACAACCAAUCGUGAACGGCGAGAAGGUCCAUUCUCAAUUCCUCGACCAUCUCACCUCCUACCCUGUCGUCUCCGACUCCAUCUCCAUCUUCAAGAGCAACCCCUACGGCGCCAAGUCCCUCGAGCUCAGCGACCACGCCUACGCUCGCAUCGCCAAGCCAGUCCUGCCCUACUUCUCCACUCCCUACAGCUAUGUCGCACCUUACCUGGCCCGCGCCGAUGCUCUGGGUGACAAGGGUCUGACCCAGAUCGACUCGCGCUUCCCCAUCAUCCGUGAAGAUACCCAGAAGAUCCGCGGCACCAUCUACAACACCGCCGGAUUCCCGGUCCGUAUCGCUGGCGACGUCAAGCAGCACCUCUUCGAGGUCUACGGCUCCGAAUACAGGAAGUGCGGUGGUGAUGGUGUUGUCGCUUCCGGCAAGGCUAUUAUCACGACGAGCUUGGUGCUGUCUACCGAGUCUUUGACUUAUCUUACGACUUGGUUCCAGAAGGCUAAGGAGGAGGCUAAGGAGGUUGUGAAUGAGAAGACCAACAGCCAUUAA